AGAGAUCUAUCUAAACCCAUAGGAGUGAUAAACCCCAAAAAUGAAGCCGAGGUACGCUCGAAAUAUGAUUCAUUUGAAGAUCCCUCUGGUGGCAUACCUAAAUUUCACUAUGGCACUCACUAUUCCAAUUCAGCUGGUGUUUUGCAUUAUUUGUUGAGAGUUGAACCAUUUACCUCGUUACACAUUGAACUGCAGAGCGGACGCUUUGAUGUAGCUGAUCGUCAAUUUCAUUCUAUACCACAAACAUGGAAACUUUUAAUGGACAAUCCAAAUGAUGUUAAAGAGUUGAUUCCGGAAUUUUUCUAUUUUCCUGAAUUUUUAAAGAAUAUGAACAAUUAUAAUCUCGAAUUACUUCUGUAGAUUUGAUUUGGUCAUUUGCAAAUAACAAAGGAAAAAGUCGAUGAUGUUAUACUGCCACCUUGGGCGACCACACCUGAAGAAUUUAUAGCCAUACACCGCAGAGCCUUGGAAUCGGAAUUUAGUCAAAAUUUACAUAAUUGGAUUGAUUUGAUAUUUGGGUACCCCCCCCCCGGCCCCCCUGCCGAAGCCUUAAAUGUUUUCUACUAUUGUUCUUACGAGGGAGCUGUUGAUUUGGAAAUCACCAAUCCUGUGGAAAGAGAAGCACCAACAGGCAUGAUUAACAAUUUCGGUCAAGUUCCUUCACAAUUAAUGCGUGAACCACAUCCGCGUCGUUUAACUCAGGAAGAAACAACACUAAAACUUUUGAGAGCCGAAUUAAAGCGACCCGAUUUGACACAAUUUCUUGAUAAGGUUGUACAAUAUUAUUGUGAAAUAUCGACACCAAAAGAUCCUAUCGUCUAUUUGAGUCCACCAAGAUCACCACCGCGUUCUUUUCUACAACUAAGUCCUGAUAUGCUGGUAAGCAUAUCAAAAUCUUGUAUUUUGGGUUGUAAUUCUUGGAUGUCAUAUGAUAAGGAUAGAGGUUUUUUGCUGGAAAUCGAUGCCACUACUACGAAUUUGAAAAAUCGUAAACGUAUAUUUGGCCCUUUGCAUCCUUCACAAAUGCCUCAUUCUCAAAUGUUUGCUAUUAGCACGGAUGGCAAACUUUUGUAUGCCGGUGGUAUAUGGGAUAAUUCUUUAAGGGUUUAUAGUUUGCACAAAGGCAAAACUUUGGCCUCGGUAACCAGACAUUUAGACAUUAUCACCUGUCUGGCUUUGGACAACUGUGGCUCUUAUUUGGUAACGGGUUCUCGUGACUGCACCUGCAUAAUCUGGAGUAUUCAGGGUUUACAUUCUGGUGCUAAUAACAACUCCUCCAAUAUACCAGUUCACGCUUUAACCAGUCAAACUAAUUUACAGUCGAUAAUGCAGUUAAAUACACAAAAUAGUUUUUCACCCAAACCCUUGACAACAUUAUAUGGUCACGAUGAUUCUAUAUCAAGUGUAGCCAUUUAUACAGAACUGGAUAUGGUGGUAUCGGGUUCAUUGGACGGCACUGUUAAUGUUUAUACCAUACAAGAUGGUCAAUUUGUUCGGACUUUAAAACCGAUUGGUUGUACAGAGUUUUGUGUACAGAUAUCGUAUGUAACAGUUUCAUAUCAUGGUCAUAUUGCAUUUAGUGCUUUGGAUGAUACAUCUCAUUCAGUACACGUUUACAGCAUUAAUGGCACCAGUUUAGGUUCCAAAUAUGUAUCGGGUCGUGUUACAGGUUUGGCCACAGCAUCGGAUUAUUUAGUUGUAGCCGAUGAUGCGGGUGAUAUAACAUUAAGUCGUUUGCAUGGCCUAAAGCCGGUAUUUGAUAUACCGUUACAUGUGCCCAUACAAACCGUAGUCGUAACACCGGGUAAUACACAUAUUCUAGCCCCAUUACGUGAUGGACGUUUAGCUGUGGUAGCUGUUCAUUUACCUGUAGGUAUUAAAAAACACUCUGUUCUUAAUGUAUAGGUAUAGUAGGAGGAUAUACGACACGAAGGAAUUAUUUCUUGAGAAAACGAAUUGUUUCAACGAAUUGUUUUUAAAUUUAUUUUUAAUCUAUAUAAAUCAUUUUUUAAUUUA